CCCCCAUUCUACUGCACCCAGCGUUCCUUCUUUCCUGGGGCUGAAAUGGGCUCUGGUAGUCAAUUCUCCUUCCCUCUAACUCCAACCAAGCGGUUGAGCCGGGGACGCGCCAUGGGACAACUGAUCGCCAAGUUGAUGGGCGUCUUCGGGAACCAGGAGCACAAGGUUAUCAUCGUGGGACUGGACAAUGCGGGAAAGACCACCAUUCUCUACCAGUUCCUGAUGAAUGAGGUGGUCCACACAUCUCCCACCAUCGGUAGCAACGUGGAGGAGAUCGUUCUGCGGAAGACUCACUUCCUCGUAUGGGACAUAGGGGGGCAAGAGGCUCUCCGCUCCACCUGGAGUGCAUACUACUCCAACACCGAGUUCGUCAUCCUCGUGAUUGACAGCACGGACCGGGACCGGCUGCUGACCACUCGUGAGGAGCUAUAUAAGAUGCUGGCCCACGAGGCUCUGCGAGAUGCUUCCGUCCUAAUCUUUGCCAAUAAGCAGGAUAUGAAGAACUCCAUGACCACCUUGGAGAUCUCUCAGUUCCUCACUCUGACCGCCAUCAAAGACCACCCGUGGCAUAUCCAGGGCUGCUGUGCCCUCACCGGGGAAGGGCUGCCUGCGGGGCUCCAGUGGAUGCAGUCUCGGGCCACUGCCAACUGAUGUCCUGACCUGAGGCCGACCAGAAACUCUGGGGUGUUUUGCUUGGACUGUUUGGGUGGAAAAUGCAAGUGACGAUUAUUUUCUGCGGUUCUCUGAUGGGAGCUGGGUCAGCUAUGGACAGUGAGAUUGCCGAAGUCCACCCAACCUAACCCUCCACCGAAGGGCUAGACUGCCUGCCCUGACCUGCUGCAGACAGGACAGCAGAAGAGCUGCCCUUCGCCCUGGGGAAGCAGGUGUCUUUGGAGGCACAGGCAAGUCAUUAGAUGUGUUGAGGGACUGGGAAGCGGAGCCCCGUCCCCUCAGCCUGCAACCUCUUUGAGGGGAAAAAAAUGGGGGAUAAAGUAGGAGACCCCUGGAAAUGCUCCUUAUUUCCUAGAACCCCACCUCCUAUCCCUCGAUUCUCACCCCAGUUUUCUGGCCCCUUUGCCAUCUUUGAGCAAAGGAGAUUCCAGAAAGGCAAAGAGGGCAGGCGCAGGGGAAGGAGGACAGAGCCAAAAACUGGUGGGAAGGGAGAGGAGGAAGGACGGGACAUCCCAGACGGGGACAGUCCCUCGCACUGCGGGGAGUUCCACUCCUCCCAUGCCUUUCCCUUCCCUCUGAGAUGCUGGCUGGGACCACAGCUUUUGAGAGUUAAGCCAUCCCAUCCUUUGCCCUCCAGUCCUUCCAGUAUGAAUCCCACGCCUCCCAGAUGUCUCCAAUUCCUACAUCGUGCCUAUCUUGGCUGUCUUUUGUAGUGAUUUUUUAGUUGUUUUAGAAUUUUUAUAAAAGAGUAAUAAAUGCUGUUGAAGACCGCUCA